GGCCGGACGCCGCAGUCCUCGCAGCGGCCUCCGGGCGAAGGCCGCUUGCGUUACUGGGCCGGCGGCCCGAGCGCGCAGUGGCCUUGGGAGUGGGAAGUGGAAACAUGAGCCCUCCUGAUAUCUGCCAUGAGUUUCCUGAUCGACUCCAGCAUCAUGAUUACCUCCCAGAUACUCUUUUUUGGAUUUGGGUGGCUUUUCUUCAUGCGUCAAUUGUUUAAGGACUACGAGGUGCGUCAGUAUGUUGUACAGGUGAUCUUCUCUGUGACUUUUGCAUUUUCUUGCACCAUGUUUGAGCUUAUCAUCUUUGAAAUCUUAGGAGUACUGAAUAGCAGCUCCCGUUAUUUUCACUGGAAAAUGAACCUGUGUAUAAUUCUGCUGAUCCUGGUUUUCAUGGUGCCUUUUUACAUUGGCUAUUCUAUUGUGAGCAACAUUCGACUGUUGUAUAAACAGAGACUACUUUUUUCCUGUCUCUUAUGGUUGACCUUUAUGUAUUUCUUCUGGAAACUGGGAGAUCCAUUUCCCAUUCUCAGUCCAAAACAUGGGAUAUUGUCCAUAGAACAGCUCAUCAGCCGAGUAGGUGUGAUUGGAGUGACACUCAUGGCUCUGCUUUCUGGGUUUGGUGCUGUCAACUGCCCAUACACUUACAUGUCCUACUUCCUCAGGAAUGUAACUGACACAGAUAUUCUAGCCCUGGAACGGCGAUUGCUCCAAACCAUGGAUAUGAUUAUAAGCAAAAAGAAAAGAAUGGCAAUAGCGCGAAGAACUAUGUUCCAGAAGGGGGAGGUGCAUAACAAACCAUUAGGAUUCUGGGGAAUGAUAAAGAGUGUCGCUACUUCAGCUCCAGGAAGCGAAAAUCUUACUCUUAUUCAACAGGAAGUGGAUGCUUUGGAAGAACUAAGCAGGCAGCUUUUUCUGGAAACAGCUGAUCUAUAUGCUACCAAGGAGAGAAUAGAAUACUCCAAAACUUUCAAGGGAAAAUAUUUCAAUUUUCUGGGUUACUUUUUCUCUAUUUACUGUGUUUGGAAAAUUUUCAUGGCAACCAUCAACAUUGUUUUUGAUCGAGUUGGGAAAACUGAUCCUGUUACAAGAGGCAUCGAGAUCACUGUGAAUUACCUGGGAAUUCAGUUUGAUGUAAAGUUCUGGUCCCAACACAUCUCCUUCAUUCUGGUUGGAAUAAUCAUUGUCACAUCCAUCAGAGGAUUGCUGAUCACUCUUACCAAGUUCUUUUAUGCCAUAUCCAGCAGUAAAUCCUCCAAUGUCAUUGUCCUACUAUUAGCACAGAUAAUGGGAAUGUACUUUGUCUCCUCUGUGCUGCUGAUCCGAAUGAGUAUGCCUCUGGAAUACCGCACAAUAAUCACUGAAGUCCUUGGAGAGCUGCAGUUCAACUUCUAUCACCGUUGGUUUGAUGUGAUCUUCCUGGUCAGCGCCCUUUCCAGCAUACUAUUCCUCUAUUUGGCUCACAAACAGGCACCAGAGAAGCAUAUGACACCUUGAACUCAUGCUUAUUAAAGACUCUGAGAAGCCAGUGGUUACAAUUUUCUAAGAGGAAAAACAAUGGAGGGGACCAGCGCCUAAUAUUUUUUACACAAAAUGCCAUGUUAGCCUAUUUCUACCUCCAACAUAUGCCUUCCUCUUCAGAUGAUACUGUGAUCAUAAGUAGCAUGAGCUAAAACACAAGGAGUAGUACUCAGCAGAGAGCAUCCUGUGCAGAUUUGAAGUUUUCACCAAGUGGAGAGGGGAGAAGAGGGAGAAUGAGAAUACACUGGAACUAUGGGGCAAGAGAUGUCUGAUAGCUGGGCCAAACACAUAGGAUUUUUGUUUCAAGGUUCACAUGGAGAAGGUUAUGGCUUUCCCUUGAGAUUGUCAUUAAAAUCAAAGAUUUUAACA